GCAAAAACACAGUUGUAUUUUCGUACACAUUAGUACAAUAUGUUCACUAAAUUGACCACAUUAGCUUGCGUUUUGGCUGUUGCCAAUUGCGCAUGGAAUGGUCCGUUAGCUGGGGGAGCUCCAGCUUCUUCCGUCCCAGCAGGAAUUAGUGAAGCUGCUUGUCCGAAUUAUCCGCAUUGCACUAAUCCUAGUGUAGCCGUUGAACCAAAUUCUCCUGCUCAACCACAAUCUCAAUAUCAACAGUACCAACCUCAAUACCAGCAACCACAAUAUCAAUCUCAUCAACCCCAAUAUCAACCUCAACAACAAUAUCAAUCCCAACCUCAACAACAAUAUCAACCCCAACCUCAAUAUCAAUCUCAACCACAACAAUAUCAACCCCAACCACAACAAUAUCAACAGCAACCACAACAAAAUCAAUAUAAUUCGGGAAAUCACAAUGAAAACGUUUUGUUAAGUGGGGAAUACACUGGAGAUGGAGAUUAUCGCGGUGAAGGAUUAGCUGAAUCUGGUGCUUUUGGACCAGUUGAUGAUCCAAAAUCAUAUGAUGCAACCCCAGCUCCCCAAAUGGCUUAUCAACCAACGCCAGCUUAUAACCCUGCUGGAUAUCAACAACAAGGAUACAACAAUGCCCCACAACAUGCUCAACCUAACAACGUUCCAGCAGGUUUAGAUCCUAGUUAUUGCCCAAAUUAUCCUUUCUGCCAUUAAGAGAUAAAUAAUUGUAUACUUUACUAAUUAAGUAGAGAAACAUUACUAAAAUGUACUGAUAUGUAAAUUUGAAAUUAAAUUAUUCAAUUUUUUUUGUAUA